AUGACUAUGUUGCUGUGCGUUAGCUGUGAAUGCGAUUUGGUUGCUUUAUGGGUUUUGGCGGCCCCUAUUAUUUACAACCUCGCCCCAUCUGCCUAUGAACCGCAUCUAGACUUCCAAAAUCAGGUCAAACUGUCAACAUUCUCGGUUGGUUCAUGGUUUUAUCGGUUCAUUCGGGUCUAUACCAUGUUGUUCCAUGUUGUGCCUCCUUUGUCUCUUUCCUUCUCUCUUCACUCUUUUUUGCUUUACGGCUUUACUGGCGCUUCAUUGCCAUUACGACGGUUUAGUGUUUGUAGCUUGGAUAGACGUCUGCCCAGCCGUUCUACUACUUGGAUCGAGCUUGUUAUGUCUCUCUCUGGCUUUCUUGGACCUUCUUUUGAUACCAUUACCAGCAUACGUUCCAAGCACAACGAUUUGAGUCCUCAACUAUUCGUCCCAAUUGCUGAACAUCUUGAUGCCUCGUUCGGAUGUGAGCUCGGAUGGAUCUUUGGACGUUUUGCUACGCUUGGUCAAUUUGCACGCGGCCAUUUUUGA